AUGUUGCUAUCUGGCGUUUGUGCGUCUCCCAGUCCAAGCAAUCUAUUUGAGUGGAUCUGCCUGCAGACGCAAUUUCAGAACGCGCGCUACCGCAAGCAAGUAGCCAAAAUAUAUUCGGCUGCCCGCCUACAGCACCUUGGCUGUUUGGCGCGACGUCGUACCACCAGCAACACUGUUACCGGAUCGGCCACGGGCCUGACUCAGAUGAACGUUGGGCUCGCCAGCAAUGCUAAUGUUGUCACACCUACACCGCUCCCUGUAGCCACGGGACCUACUGGACGAGCUCUUGUCACUGCCGACAUCUCUAAUGGCCCGCUUUUCCAUUGCGCUAGUCACCUCGGCCUCGCCUCUUUGCCCUCCGGUUCUAGUCAAGCCUCAUCUCUCGCAUCUGUCUCGACCGGAGGCAUGUGUUCCGCUGCUCUCAGCGGUGGCCAUUUGGUCUCGACGCAUCGACGCACGCAAGCCUCCACUUCUUCUGAUCAAGGCAACUGUCCGGCCCAAUUUGGUCCUGGUCCAGGCGCCGGUCCCAGUCCCACCUCAGGGUCUGCGUGUCUUGCACCGGCCUUACAACAAGCUGUAUCCUCCGGAAUUGUGACAACUGUUAACACAAAUGGGACGACUACAUCAACUUCUAGUCUUGGUCUUCGAGGUGCGUCACUCGAAAACCUGACCGCUUUAGCCAACACUGCUUUGGCAGUUUCUGAAUUAACCUUUCUUGAGAUGCUGGAGCAAGCACGUGCUGGAAUCGCUCAUCUUCGCAAUGGUUCCGGGGCCCUUACAGGCGAUUUAGUAAAACCUCUCGGUCUUGGAGUCGGCACCGGAGUGGGUCUAGCUCAUAGUCCUGUUCCAGUGGUCGGUGGGCAUACUCUGGCUUCUACAGGGCCGGGUAUUGGGCUUCCGCAGCAGCUUCACUUUAUGCAGCAUCACUUCGUUUAUCUUCCGCAUCACCCUUUUCACUUGCUCCAUCAUCCUCCACUUUUGCACUCCACAUCGCAGCCCAGUCUAGCCGUACUUUCAGGUGAUGGCUUGCCUGGCAUGGGAGCCGGCAUCACAAUUCACAACGAGAUGACCUUCGCAAGACAGUGA